AUGGGUCUGCAGAAUCUUGGAGACGAAGAAAUUGUUCGUCUGUGCUACUUUUUCUGCAAAAUAAAUGAUGAUCUUGUAUCCUUUCGACACCUUUCCGAAAUCGGUGUGACCCUAGCGGUUACCUGCAAAGGCCAAGCCAUUCAAUACAGUGCAGUGGAAGGCAGUGACGACGAGGAGCAAUUGUCCAAAAUAACGAUAUCUAUGGUGGUCCAGAGCAUGAAAUCAACAUUGACAGCAGCCGAUUGCAGUGAUCGACGCAAGCUGCUUGGAUAUGGCCUACUCUGGUUGCUCGCAGAUGCUUUUGGAUUGCCGGAUAUUUUUGAAGAAAUGUUACACCCCAACUCGGAAAUGUUUGGCUUUUCUGGCAAGGAAAGUAUCAUUGAAUCCAAACGAUUUUUGCUGGGAGCAGAAGAAAGGGGGUCUCCAAACUACAAGAUUGAUGCGAUACACCAGAUUGAUUGUCCCAACCGUGCGGUUGUUGCCAACUUUCAAUGUUUGCUUCCUGGGAAAGAAGGCUUUGGUACAGAUGUUCCCAAGUUUGAUGAGAAUUGGAAGGUGAUCAAAGUGGAAGCAAUUCGGCACGGAAUACCAUUCAGCUGGCAGGAUGAUGUCAAGGACGAAUGA